AUGACUGUUGGCAACGGCACCGCCAAUGGCGGCGAGGCCACCCGGCGGCCGCUCCCAUGCGGCAUCUACGCCCCCACCAUGACCUUCUUCGACCCGGAAACCGAAGACCUGGACAUCCCCACCAUCAAGAAGCACGCCGAGCGUCUCGUGCGGGACGGUCUCGUAGGCCUUGUCACCAUGGGCUCCAACGGCGAGGCCAUCCACUGCACGCGGGAGGAGAAGCUGGCCGUCACACAAGCCACACGGGAGGCCCUCGACGCGGCCGGCUUCACCCAGACGCCCAUCAUCAUCGGCGCGACCGAGGGCAGCGUGCGGGGCACCAUCGAGCUGUGCAAGCAGGCGGCCAGCGCAGGCGCCGACUACGCACUGCUCCUGCCCCCCUCCUACUUCCGCGCCCUGAUGAACGAGGACGCCAUCCACGACUACUUCACCGAGGUCGCCGACGCCAGCCCGCUCCCGCUCAUCCUGUACAACUACCCGGGCGCCGUGGCCGGCAUCGACAUGGACUCGGACCUGCUCAUCCGCCUCGCCGCCCACCCCAACAUCGUCGGCACCAAAUUCACCUGCGGCAACACGGGCAAACUGACCCGCGUGGCGCUCGCCACCGACGCCCAGACCCCCACUGCCCCAGGAUCCGGCUACAUGGCCUUCGGCGGCAUGUGCGACUUCACAGUCCAAACGCUCGCCAGCGGCGGCAGCGGCAUCAUCGCGGGGGGCGCCAACGUGAUGCCGAAGGUGUGCGUGCGCGUGUGGGAGCUGUACGCGUCCGGGCGGGCCGACGAGGCCGUCGCGCUCCAGCGCACGCUCGCCCGCGGCGACUGGGUGCUCACCAAGGCGGCGAUCGCGGGCACCAAGCAGGCGAUCCAGAGCUAUUUCGGGUAUGGGGGCUUUCCGCGCCGGCCGCUGCAGCGGCUGGAUAAGGCGCGGGUGGCGGCGAUUGAGGAGGGGGUGAGGGAGGUGAUGGAGGUGGAGAAGUCGUUAUAG